GUCUGGCUGGCAGUGCUUCCCAAUGUCCGAUCUAUCCGUUGCGUGGACUAUUCUCAUGAGUACCCCGGGGGUUUGUGGCAAAUCCCAAACCUGAUGCUUGAGGCUCAGAAUCUGAGGACACUUGAAGUGUGCGUUGUCAAUUUAGACACCAAAAUUGGCAGAGCAGGGGAACCCCUGUCUCUCAAGGAGCUUGCUCAUCUUGAGAACCUCUAUAUUGUAGCAGAUUAUGUGUGUGUUACCAUUCCCCAAAAGGUCGCUUGGAAGUGGGCAAUGUUUAGUAGCGAUGAAGAACUGAGUCUGUCUUUCAAUGAUGUGGCUGCAUUCGCAAGGGAUGUUUCAUACUUUCACAUCAAGUAUCAGACCUUGAUCAUGAAAGACGAUUGGCUGCCCAAAAUGUGUGCUGCACUUGGGAAGCGCAACAUUCCAUUUCAUUCUGCUGGAAGAAACAUCAACCAAAAGCAAGAAAAGUAUGUAUUUAGUUAUCGGGGCCCUUCCUAUGACAAGGCCUCCACGCCUGGAUGUUUUUGCUUCUGCGGAGCUUGUCUGGCUUGUGUAUCAAGGGCUUGAGUGCAAUGUUGCAACAUGCUGUGAGCAUCGAUGCGUAUGCGUACCAGCAUGACAAGAUGCAACCCAGCGCGUGUCCCGUGUCUUUAUGAUAACAACUUUUGGUCCAAUACUUUGUAAACCUGAAUUCGUC